UUCGUUUCUGAUUUUUCACAGUUUUGGGGCUUAGCAGCUGGAAUAACGGAUCUAAGCAUCAUUAUGGAAAAUGCUUCGCCAUUAUUGGUGAAUAGUAUUAUCAUUAUAAAGCUCGUCAAUUGCGUAUUUACUAAUGACAAAAUGAAAGAACUUUUGGAGGACAUCGAAAAGACAUGGAAGAUAAAACAUACAGAUUCGGAGAAAAAAAUAUUACAGCAUUACGCAGAGAAAAGCAGAACUUUCACGAUACGAUACGCGAUUGUUUUAUAUACGACAUGGCUUUUCUAUUCAACGACAUCAAUCAUGAUUAGCGGAAUCUAUACAAUUUUACCGAUAAACGAAACGUACACUGUCAAGUUUCUAUAUCGCAUGGACCAUGUUCUUGACCUAGACAAAUAUUUUAAACUAUUGAUGCUUCAUGGAUUUAUUAGCAUAUUUUACAUAGUUUCUGUACCGAUAGCCAUCGACACAACGUUUACACUUUACACUCAGCAUAUCUGCGCGUUGUUCGAAUGCUUACGCUAUAACAUAGAGCGCAUACGAGGCUCGGAUUUUAUAUUACUCGAACCAAAUAUUAAGGAUGAUGAAGUAUAUCGUGACAUAAUUGGCUGCAUCAAAUCGUAUCAACAUGCCUUAAAAUUUUCUGACAUGUUCUCAUCUAACUAUGCAACAUCAUUUCUCUUUCAACUGGGCAAUGUAAUUAUAUCCUUGAGCUUCGGCGCGGCAGAGUUAAUAAUGGUAGACAAUCAACUGGACGAAAUUAUUAGAAUUCUUUUUGCUAAUUUAGCGCAAUUGAUACAUAUAUAUUUCCUAUGUUUGAUUUCUCAAAGAUUAAUUGAUCACAGCAGCGGAUUCCAAAACGUAAUUUACAGCUGCGAUUGGUAUAAGAUUUCGAGGAGAUCGAAACAGCUCUUGAGAUUUACUUUGCUGCGUACUACUAAACCGUGCCAAAUAAUAGCUGGUAAUAUGUUUGUAAUGUCGAUGGAGAAUUUUAGCUCGACUUGGGGCUUAGUAGCUGGGAUAACGGAUCUGAAUAUCAUCAUGGAAAACGCUUCGCCUUUACUAGUGGAUUGUUUCAUGAUGCUGAAGCUGAUGAAUUGUGUGUUAACUAAUAACAAAAUUAAAGAGCUUCUGAAGGAUGUUGAAGAAACGUGGAAAAUAAAACAUACGGGCCAGGAGAAAGAGAUAUUACAGCAUCACGCGAAGAAAAGCAAAAUCUUCACCAUACGAUACGCAAUUAUUUUUUACGCUGUGUGGCUGUUCUACACUCUGACACCAGUUGUUAUUAGCGGGAUGUACAAGAUUUUACCGACGAACAAAACGUAUAACAUUAGGUUUCUAUAUCGAUUGGAACAUGUUCUUGAUAUGGACAAAUAUUUCAACAUAAUGAUGCUUCAUGGAUUUAUUAGCAUAUUUUACAUAGUUUCUGUACCGAUAGCUCUCGACACAACGUAUACACUUUGCAUUCAACACAUUUGUGCGUUGUUUGAAUGCUUACGUUACAGCUGCAAUUGGUAUGAGAUUUCAACGAGAUCGAAAGAUCUUUUGAGAUUUACAUUAUUGCGUGCUACUAAGCCGUGCCAAAUAAAAGCUGGUAAGCUGUUCAUAAUGUCGAUGGAAAACUUUAGUUCGGUUGUACAAACAUCCUUAUCGUACUUUAUGCUGCUUAUAUCACUACGAUAA